GCCUAUAACAACACUAUAAUAUUAGCCUAUGUCCUUUGUGGUGACGCAGCGUCAAUUUUAUUUGUGCACUGAGAAGCUAAACGGACGAAGAGGCCUAGGCUACUAUUAAUUGACACAAUUCUAUCAUUGGGCUAUUUGGUUGCAACAAAGUAGCUGUUUCUUGGUUAAUUUUGUAGCCUUAGGGAAAACAUCCUGCAGUUCUUCAGAAUUUCACAGACCGCCGAUGACAGCCUAUUUAAAACGUUUAAGUGCUCAAAGUGCAUGGAUCCCCCUCUCUAUGGGACGAGCAAGUGUUGUCGCUGCAUUGUGUCGGAGAUUCCCAGUGAAAAGUCCAUUGUUGCCACGAAGUUUUUAAUCUGGGCUUUUUAAGAACAUCACAUGGUCAGUUGGAGUGACCGAACGCCGCCAAAACACACUAAUGCACAUUCCAAAAGCUCGCGUCUCUCUUUUUGCGCAUUAGUUUACUACGCUUAGCCGAAUGGAAAUACUAAACCAACGGGACUGAGGAAUCCUCGCGCAGCCGGUCCACUGCGGGCACCUGCAGCUCCAUUUUGGAAACUGCGCGUGGGACCCCAUCCAAGUUUGUUGUUCGUUACCAGGGGAAUUACUUUGCUUUUCCAUGAGACUUCUCUUGAACUAAAAAUGACCUAUUCUUAUAGCCAACGGUCUUUAACGGUGCUCGCGUUGCUUGGAGUUUUAUCUGCUAUAAUGUCGGUUCUAUCCGUCCUGUUGAUUUUUCAACUUCAGUCACAGCAAAAGUCUAUCAGGGAAUCUACGUCGUCUGCCUUUCCUGCUGAAGUUUUACUAGUUCUCAUGCCAGUUGCAACAGUCCUCACUGCCUUGUCUUUAACACUGAAUCUGAGUGCAGCAGUGGUGUGCCUUCUGCAUAGCUAUUUCACCGCCGAGAUUUGCAGAGGGGAAGAAGACACGGAGAGAGCUGACUGGUUUCUGCUGGACAGUCGAGCAGUCCGGCAUGUGGCCAUAGGUUUAUUUUGUCUCGCCGUGUCUGUUUACCUAGCAGCCAUGUCCAUCUACAUGUUGCUGGUGUUUGAGAGUGAGACGGGCAUCGCCGGCGUGUGCGUGCUGUCCUCUGGCAUCCUGGUGCUGCUCAUCAUCGUGACCCACUCCCUAGCGCGCGCCGCCCGCACCGGCCGACAACACCCCCACCCCCACCCCGACGACGAGCUACAACUCCACGCGGCGGCCAUGUACCAGAACAAGCCCGACGACGGCAGCCCCGGCGCCCUCAUCCUGGAGCCCAGUCAUCUGGACGCAGCCAGGGCCCAGCACCGCAGCAGCCAGCCCGGCCUCCAGCGCCAGCUGUCAUACCCUCCCUGCCCCAACGCUAAGCAGAAACAACAACAACAACAACAACAGUAUUCUCCGUCCAGCGGAGCGCCGAGCCAUGCCAGCGACAUUAAGGACAGCUAUGGCGGGGCUCCUCGCAUGCACCGGACCCUGUCGGCAGAAUCCGGGCUGCUCCAGUCCCCGUCCAAACCUUGGAACGGGGUCAACAGCGAGAUGAGGACUGUGCUGGCGCGAAAGUCGGGUGCCAUUGGCAAGGACUCCACUCUGGUGUGAUGUACAGUACAGUACAGUGCAGUACAUGCCACUAAUGCAUGUGGUCAGCAAGACCAGGACACGGCUUCCAUUCAGACGCAGUCGCAGUAGCUCAACUUUCAGAGGAGUAGAUGCGUGCACAUCCCACCCGAUGGGCCAGGUACAGGACAAUAAAAGCAAUAAUCCAGGUAAAAGGGAAUGAAGUCCGCAACACUGCUCGUCUUCUGUGAAAAUUUAAUAUUUAACAUAAUUUAAAAAUUUUGGCCAUAUGCCUGAUGAAGACGUGAAGGUCAAAACGUUGCGCUCUUGCUAUUACAUUUUCACAGAAGACAAGCAGUGUUGCAGACUUUAUUCCUUUUUACCUGUAGUAGUUCAACUUGCCAGCACCACAACAUGUACAGAAUGAUGGCAUCAUUCCAGACAGUCAGAAGGCUCAAUCUAGUGUGAUACAUUUUAAACCACCUGGUUUUACAUUUGCGAGUUUUACAGGUUUACAUGCAUUUGUUUUGCCUCUGCCGGGUUGGAGUUGAGCUAAUUAAACUGGAUGGAUCGGGUAUUGUACAUUUCAGAGAAAGUUUGCCUUCUGCUGCAUAAAUAGAUUUUAAGGUCCAUGCUUUUGCAUUGUGCCAUGUGUUUGGCAUAACAGACCAUUCUGAUGAGUUACUCUUUCAGCUUCACACAACACAAGCAAUUAGUAAUGUGGUGGUCAACCAUCUCAUUUACAUCUCCAACUGACCAUGUUAAAGCUGAAUCAAGACAUCAUACGUAGGUCUAUCCAACCAGACAGUUUUCCGUGGAUUAAGGAUAACCCAUUCAUCGCUGUCUGAACUGCUGACCACAUUGCGAUGGAAAAAAAUUGACGUUUCAUAUUUUUUUGUAUUAUAUUAACUUAUUAGUUUACUUUUGGUUGUGGUCUUCUUCAUAUGGGCACAAAUACAUAACAAUAAAUAGAAUUUUGUUAACUAUCUGUUUGCAAGUGAUGGUCUAUACGAUAACUAUGUUUUAGAAUACAUAAUAGGCCUAUCACUCUUCAUGCAUAGACAAAGAUAUUUGGGCUUCUCAAAGCCUUGCUAACCCAUUAAUCUAAUGUGUCACUAGAGUGUUUUUUUUAAAUAGACCUACACCAAAAGAAAAAAAUGUUGCCACUGUUAACUAAUUAACUAAACAAAGUUGUACCAUUCUGUCAAUCAGCCUCCAUGUAGCCUGAUAUUCCAGCUAGACAGAUUCUGCUUCCCAUAUAUCACUCUUUUUUUAAAACACUCAAAAGUGGGGAAAAACCCAUAAUAAAUUAGAAGAAAUACAUCCGUUUUACUAUUUAUAUGUGGAAAACAGAGGAGGAGGAGAAAAGGUGAGUCUAUUUUACACACAUUAUAAACAUACUCUAGUGUAAAAGUCAAGCUGGAGAUUACCCUACCAAGCCUUUGAUACAGCUCCCAUAUUGUGAUUUUUAGAUUAGACGGUUUAUUCCCAGGUUUGUUUUUAUGUACAGGCCCCACCAUAACAGAGAUGUUGUUAGAUGACGUGUGAAUGUACAACCCAAUAUUCCCGCAUACAUAGGUGGUAAAGGCCACAUACAGUACAUGAUGGAACAUGCUAGCGCACAUGGCCACCGUGUAAUCACAAUGCAUUCUAGUUGGACAUUUCUAACCAGAAUGCAUUCAAGUUCAUAAAGGUUGGAGCAGGCUUCCCUCAAACAGAUUUUUCUUCUUUUCAGGAUACUGAUCAAAAUAUUGUAAAAUUAAAAAGUUUGAAAAAAAAAAGGUUGCACCAUGCUUUAACUUUCUUUUUAUUAAUACACAGACGCGUUUCGACACUGAGGAAGGCAGAACACCGAAACGCAUCUGUGUAAUAACAAAGUUAAUGCAUGCUGCGACCUUUUCUUACUUUUCACUAAACAGAAUGCAUUGUAAUUUUGUAGUCCGCAUGUGUGCACUGCCCUGUACAUAUUUGCACAGCAUGCAGCAUCAUGAAUGUGCCUAACAGCUCUCACUGGUGAGUGUACUAACCA